AUGUCUACAGUAACUGAACAAUUUCGAAAAUCUAAAAACCUUCCACCAAUACCUUUUUCUUUCGACACUAACCAACCAAAAACAAUAAGAGUAUACCCCGUAACAAACUACAAAUUUGAUGUUAAAGAUCCCCAACCGGAAGAGGAUAGCUCUGUAAUGGCUCGCUUACAGCGAUUACAAGACCAAUAUAAAGUCCAUGGGAUGCGGAGGACAUGUGAAGCCAUUUUAAUUUGUCAUGAGCACGGGCACCCGUAUAUAUUAAUGCUUCAAAUUGCAAACUCAUUUUAUAAACUGCCUGGUGACUAUAUACAAUUCGAUGAGGAAGAAACGGAAGGUUUUGCUCGAUUGCUUAACGAGCGAUUAAGUCCCCCUUCCAACUCAACACAUGCUGCUGAUCCCAUCAAUUUUGAGUGGAAUAUUGGCGACUGUGUUGCUCAAUGGUGGCGUCCCAAUUUUGAGACUUUUAUGUAUCCAUUUAUUCCACCACAUAUUACACGCCCUAAAGAAUGCAAAAAAACAUAUAUCGUCCCUCUGCCUAAGAGAAAGGUUUUGGCUGUUCCUAAAAACAUGAAGCUUCUUGCUGUUCCUCUUUUUGAACUAUAUGAUAACCCAGGAAGGUACGGUGUUCAGUUAUCAUCUAUUCCUUUAUAUCUUGCAAGGUACAAUUUUGAAUUCGUUGAUUCUGAUGAUAAUAUUAUAUCUACUUAUGCCACAUCGCAUUGGGGUAGUUCUGAAAAACGGCACGAACCAUUGUCGUUAGCUGAUGGGAAAGACAAUUAA